AUGACGCGAUCACAUGACCGUGCGCUGAGGGCUAGCACAAUGGAAAGGACCGAUAAGGAAGGUCGGAUGUUCAAAGUCCACGAGUCUCCUCAAUCCAACCCACAGCAUCUCUUCUCUUCACAUCUCUACCAUUCCGACGCGAAAACCCUCUUCGGUAAACAAGAACAGGAACCUGUUGCCUUGAGACGAUCAGAGGUAUUGACCAUGUAUAAAACAACGACAUCUUUCAUACGAGGGAUGCUGCCAUUCAGCGGGGCGUACGAGCGACGCGGACUGUUGACGGGAGGACGUGAUACCAAUAAUACCAGGAAUCGGGUGGGAUCGACGCUAACAGAUACCAUGCCCAUAUUGAACCCCACCGAUGUUCGCGUGUCAGCGCACGCCAGCAGCAUCAACGCGCCAUCUAGCGGAUCGAGCGACGGCGUACCUUCGAGUAACUCCCGUACUUCAACCUCCACCGAUUCUACGACGUCGUCUGCGGCCUCGUCUUGGGAUUUCGUAGACGUCCCCGAUAUCGCGUGGCCAGAGGAUUCGUUCGCAUUUUGUCUUGACCCUAGUGUUGUUUCUGCUCAGACCACUCAGAGUUCCAUCGGCUAUGGCCUAAAUCUAGAGAUGGGCGAAAUAGGGUGGAUUGGGGGUUCUUAUGGUUCAAACAGCGAAAUGCGACUUCCUCUCGCGUUUGAAUCGUUCACCGCCCAGAAUAAUCUCAUAAGCCAGCGUGGUCAAAUGAACACCUUGGUGCAACAACCACCCACAUACAGGCCGCCAACGGUAUACCCCUGGGGUCCCGACAAUACGUCCACUAGCUCGAAUGCUCCUGCCUGGGCAGUCGUUCAACGCCCGCAACGCCAGAUUUAUCAGGCCCCUAUGGAGCUGGACACAUUUGAGCGAUGGGAAUUGGAGAAGAAUAUUUGGGCCCCACGGGCACAUAAAGCGAGAGGGGGGCCAGUAGUCUCGAUUCUCGAAGAGGCCGUGCAAACUGCCAUUGACGACAAUACGGCCCGCGAUGGCGUCGAGUGCACCGGGGCCAAGGAACCCGUCUGCGAAACCUUCACUCCGGCGGACGUACUUCCCCUUGACCAUCCGUUGGAUUUUCGAUUUGCGAGCCUGGCUAUCGACUCGUUCCCCGACUAUACGCGGAGCGAACUUACACCUCGACUAAAUCACCGCACUGACACAGCCGUGACAACGCGUCAGGCUUGCGCUGGAUGGGGCGCUUUCAGUUCAAGGUGA